AUGGAUUCUAGAACAGUUGGUAUAUUAGGAGGGGGACAAUUGGGACGUAUGAUUGUUGAGGCAGCUAACAGGCUCAACAUCAAGACGGUAAUAUUAGAUGCUGAAAAUUCUCCUGCCAAACAAAUAACCAACUCCAAUGAUCACGUUAAUGGCUCCUUUUCAAAUCCUCUUGAUAUUGAAAAACUAGCUGAAAAAUGUGAUGUGCUAACGAUUGAGAUUGAGCAUGUGGAUGUUCCUACAUUAAAGAAUCUUCAGGUAAAACACCCCAAAUUGAAAAUUUACCCUUCUCCAGAAACAAUUGGAUUGAUACAAGACAAAUAUGUUCAAAAAGAGCAUUUAAUCAAGAAUGGUAUAGCAGUUACCAAGAGCGUUCCUGUAGAACAAGCCAACGAGACGUCACUAUUGAAUGUUGGAAAUGAUUUGGGGUUUCCAUUCGUCCUAAAGUCGAGGACUUUGGCGUACGAUGGGAGAGGUAACUUUGUUGUAAAGAAUAAGGAAAUGAUUUCGGAAGCUUUGCAAGUACUGAAGGAUCGCCCUUUAUACGCUGAAAAAUGGGCACCAUUUACUAAAGAAUUAGCAGUCAUGAUUGUGAGAUCUGUCGACGGUUUGGUGUUUUCUUACCCAAUUGUUGAAACUAUUCACAAGGAUAAUAUCUGUGACUUAUGUUACGCACCCGCUAGGGUUCCAGACUCCGUCCAACUCAAGGCAAAGCUGUUGGCAGAAAACGCAAUCAAAUCUUUCCCCGGUUGUGGUAUAUUUGGUGUGGAGAUGUUCUAUUUAGAAACUGGAGAACUACUUAUCAACGAAAUUGCUCCAAGACCCCACAACUCUGGACAUUACACUAUUGAUGCUUGCGUAACUUCUCAAUUCGAAGCUCAUUUGAGAUCAAUAUUAGACUUGCCAAUGCCAAAGAAUUUUACAUCUUUCUCAACUAUUACAACAAACGCCAUUAUGCUAAAUGUUCUUGGAGACAAACAUACAAAAGAUAAAGAACUAGAAACUUGCGAAAGAGCAUUGGCUACCCCAGGUUCCUCUGUGUAUUUAUACGGAAAAGAGUCUAGACCUAACAGAAAAGUUGGUCACAUAAACAUUAUUACCUCGAGUAUGGAUGAAUGUGAACAAAGGCUGAACUAUAUUACAGGUAGAACUGAUAUUCCAAUCAAAAUAUCUGUCGCUCAAAAGUUGGACUUGGAAGCAAUGGUCAAACCAUUGGUUGGCAUCAUCAUGGGAUCAGACUCUGACUUGCCGGUGAUGUCUGCCGCAUGUGCAGUUCUGAAAGAUUUUGGUGUUCCAUUUGAAGUGACAAUCGUCUCUGCUCAUAGAACUCCACACAGGAUGUCUGCAUAUGCUAUUUCUGCAAGCAAGCGUGGUAUCAAGACGAUUAUCGCGGGUGCCGGUGGCGCUGCUCAUUUGCCAGGUAUGGUGGCCGCAAUGACACCACUACCCGUUAUCGGUGUACCUGUUAAAGGAUCUUGUCUAGAUGGAGUUGAUUCAUUACAUUCAAUCGUGCAAAUGCCUAGAGGCGUUCCAGUAGCUACUGUUGCUAUUAAUAAUAGUACGAAUGCCGCACUGUUGGCUGUCAGACUACUUGGUGCCUAUGAUUCAAGUUACACAACGAAGAUGGAACAAUUUUUAUUAAAACAAGAGGAAGAAGUUCUCGUUAAAGCACAGAAAUUAGAAACUAUCGGUUACGAGGCUUAUUUAGAAAACAAAUAA